GAGAUGAGUUCUGCCUCUGAGCUGAGUGAUUCGGAGGAUUUGCCUUCGGUUCCUUUUCUCGCCCGGAGGAGGGACGUGUUGGUUCUGAGCAGUGAUAGUGAAGGAGAGGGAGGGUCGAAAUUAUUGGCACCCCCACAACGCACUUUUGGGGGAACUAAGUCACGUGUCCCACAGCCUCGUCCUCGCGUCCAAAACCCUCGUGUCCAAAACCCUCGUGUCCCUCUGGCACCCCCUCAGGCAAAGAAAGGGAAGAAGAACCAGGAAACUGUCACUGUCCUCAUAGACCCAGGUGUCCUGCAAGAUGGAUGUGGGGGACAAGUGCUGAGUGCUCUGCAGACCCAGGAGACUCCAUGUGUGAUCCAGGCUCAGACAAUUCCACGGAGCAUCACUUGGAGCAGAUCUAGUGCUGAUAGCAAUGGAGAAGGUAUUGGUCAAGAAGAAGCUGAGGUUCUAAUCCUUCUUCCUGGAGAAGAAUUUGUCACAAUGGUGCACAACUGGAAGAAGGAGCCUCUAGGUGGCAACAGCAAGGAGACACUGCAUAACUUUGUGGCCCGUGUGACCGCCAGCAAGUCAUGGAAGGUGCCCACAUUGGUAGUCAUGGAGAUGGAGAAAUAUUUUAGUGGAGGUAAAAAAUUAAGCAGGAAAAAGCAAAAGGAGCCCACGGGCGGAGGGGUUCCAGGCAAUGGGAAGAAGAGGCUGAACAAACAAAAAGAAUCCUCAGAGACACCCCCUACUUUGGGCAGAGUGGAAGUGGAGGAGGCUUUGAUGGACUUCCAGCUGCACACAGGAACCCACUUGUGGUUCUUAGAGACGUGGAAAGAGUUUGCUGACUUUGUCUGUCAGUUCAGCAAAGCGGUGGCAGAAGCUCCAACCAAGAGACAAAGGGAUAUCUCCUCAUUCUCAUUCUACCUGGAUGGUGAGUGGGCUGGAGGGGUGCGAGUAGAGCGGUGUGGGAAAGGCCACCUGGAGGUGUGGAGGCGACAGAUCCAACAGUUCAACAGAAUCAGUGUGGACAUUGCAAAUGCUGUGGUGGCUGCCUAUCCCUCCCCCCAAUUACUAGUGAAGGCCUAUCGCUGCUGUCGGACAGAGGAGGAGCGGCAAAACCUUCUCAGUGAUAUACUUGUGCGCCGUGGAGAAGGCGUUACCUCUACCUCUCGGCGUGUCGGCCCAGAAGUAUCCAAGCGUAUCUACUUGCAGAUAACAUCAAAAGAGCCAGAACUCUCUCUGGAGUUCACGUGAAUCAAGAAAGGUCCAAUACUUUCAGCACUUUUUAGUGUGUUCUCAGAUCCAGAAUUGUUAUACUGCUUCUAAGUAAGUUAGACAGAGACCACUGAACAUGAAGUUUGAUGUUAAACUAGACCUAAAUAGGUUGCCCUAUAGAAUGAUGUUUUUUACAUUAAUUACCUUAUGUUUCUAUUAAAACCUUUAUUUAUUUAA